AUGGGGAACAAAGAAGCUAAAGCCUCUUUUGUAGUUAAGUUGUAUUUGUGCAGUUGGCUUACAGCUCCCAAACGCCCAACAUGGGAAAGCCUUCAGGCCAUCAACUCUGGUUCCACCCAAAAGGGAGAUGAUGAUUAUGAAGAUUACACUUCAAAUAAGACUUGGGUUUUGACUCCCAAAGUCCAUGAGAGUGAUGUCACUCUUAUUUUAAAUGGCUUGCUGGAAGGGUAUGACAACAAGUUGAGACCUGACAUAGGAGUUAAACCGACAGUAAUUCACACUGACAUGUAUGUAAAUAGCAUUGGGCCUGUGAAUGCUAUCAACAUGGAAUAUACAAUUGAUAUAUUUUUCGCCCAAACGUGGUAUGACAGACGUCUGAAGUUCAACAGCACUAUAAAAGUGCUCAGAUUAAACAGCAACAUGGUUGGGAAGAUCUGGAUACCAGAUACAUUUUUCCGAAAUUCCAAGAAAGCUGAUGCUCAUUGGAUAACAACUCCUAAUAGGAUGCUCAGGAUCUGGAAUGACGGCAGAGUGUUGUACACGUUGAGGCUGACAAUUGAUGCUGAGUGUCAGCUACAGCUACACAACUUCCCAAUGGAUGCCCAUUCCUGCCCCCUGGAAUUUUCAAGCUAUGGCUACCCAAGAGAAGAAAUCAUUUACCAAUGGAAGCGCAGCUCAGUGGAGGUGGGGGACACCAGGUCCUGGAGGCUUUACCAGUUCUCCUUUACAGGAUUAAGAAAUACAACUGAGGUGGUGAAGACUACUUCAGGAGACUAUGUAGUCAUGUCUGUUUACUUUAACCUGAGCAGGAGAAUGGGUUAUUUCACUAUUCAGACCUACAUUCCCUGCACACUUAUUGUUGUGUUGUCCUGGGUCUCUUUCUGGAUUAAUAAGGAUGCAGUUCCAGCCAGAACAUCACUGGGUAUUACAACUGUCCUGACAAUGACCACCCUAAGUACAAUUGCUCGUAAAUCUCUUCCCAAAGUCUCCUAUGUGACAGCAAUGGAUCUUUUUGUGUCAGUCUGCUUUAUUUUUGUUUUUUCUGCACUGGUGGAAUAUGGAACUUUGCACUACUUUGUCAGCAACAGAAAACCAAGCAAGGACAAAGACAAAAAGAAGAAAAAUCCUCUUCUUCGGAUGUUUUCCUUCAAGGCACCUACAAUUGACAUCCGGCCUCGAUCAGCUACUAUUCAAAUGAACAAUGCUACACACCUCCAAGAAAGGGAUGAAGAAUAUGGGUAUGAGUGUCUUGAUGGCAAGGACUGUGCCAGUUUUUUUUGCUGCUUUGAGGAUUGUCGAACGGGAGCAUGGAGGCAUGGAAGAAUACAUAUCCGUAUUGCCAAAAUGGACUCCUAUGCCCGAAUCUUCUUCCCAACUGCCUUCUGUUUGUUUAACCUGGUGUAUUGGGUAUCAUAUCUUUACCUUUAA